AUGCGUGUGACUCAUGCUUGUGAGCUCAGCUUUGGGUGGAGGCCGCCAGCCCGACGAAGGAGGAGGAGCCGGAGCUGCGCCUCACGGAGACCCUGCGCUUUGCCGAGGCGGGCCCUUUUUGCUCGAGCUGAUGCGAGUUUUUCCUUAAAGACGAGCCCCUCACCAGCACGGCUCCGGCAGUCGAAUUCCUCGAGCGGUUGCUUCUGUUUUACAUCCCAUUGCCAGGACCUCACCAAGGCUGCAGAGGAGGGAAAUCUGGAUCCACUGGUCGGCCGUGAAGUGCAGCUGGAGCGGACGAUCCGAAUCCUGGGCAGGCGGUCCAAGAACAAUCCUGUCUUCGUGGGCGAAGCUGGGGUUGGUAAAACCUCCAUCGCUUGCGGGCUCGCGCAGCGAAUCGUGCAGGGUCGUGUGCCCCCAACGCUUCGUAACAAGCGGGUCCUGAGUCUCGACCUUGCGCUCCUCCUUGCCGGCACCAGGUACCGUGGGGACUUUGAAGAGCGCCUGCGGGCAGUGGUGAAGGAAGUCUCGGAGAGCAAUCGGAGGGUGAUCCUCGUGAUCGAUGAGGUUCACACGCUUGUUGGUGCUGGCAGCAGCGGAGGUGAGGGUGGCGGCAUGGAUGCAGCUAACCUCCUCAAGCCCGCACUGGCAAGGGGGCAGCUGCAAUGCAUCGGAGCGACCACGCUCGACGAGUACCGGCAGUACAUUGAGAAGGAUCCAGCCCUCGAGCGCCGUUUCCAGCCGGUCUUGGUGCCCGAGCCGACCGAGGACGAAACCGAGCAGAUCUUGCUGGGUCUGGCGCCGAAGUACGAGCGCCACCACCAGCUUAGAUACGAGCCGGAGAGCAUCCGAGCUGCAGUGCGCCUGGCCGCACAGUACAUCAACGACAGGUUCCUACCCGACAAGGCCAUCGAUGUUAUGGAUGAGGCAGGUGCAAAGGUUCGGCAGCAGCUCUUCCUGGAGGCCGAGCGGGAAGAGGAGAUGGCGGAGCGGCGGAAGCUCGAAGAGGAGUUGGAUUCUCUCAAGGAGCAGAAGGGAAUCGCUGUCUCCAAGGAGGAGUUUCAGGAGGCCCAGCGACUCAAGAACCGACAGGAAGAAAUCGAGCUCCGUCUCCGGUCUCUGGAGAAACCCGUGCAGAGCUGUGCGACAGACUUGCCGAAAGGCGCUGAUGAGGAGAAGCUCCGGCUUUUGCGGGCGCGAGUGGAGGAAGCUGUCGCUGCAGAGAGAUUCGACGAGGCGUCGGAGCUGAAAGCCAAGGAGCGCGAGGUUCUGGGUUGGUCCAAGGGCACGGAGGAGGCGUGGGUUACCGAGACCGACGUAGCCCAGGUGGUGGCCAGCUGGACAGGCAUCGCUGUGGAACAAGUCUCGGCCACAGAGUCGGCGCGACUCAUGAAACUCGAGCAAGAGCUCGCAAAGAGUGUUGUGGGGCAGUCAGAGGCUGUCAGCAGCGCAUCCCGAGCCUUGCGGCGUGCGCGGGCGGGCCUUCGGAACCCUUCACGGCCAAUCGCCGCAUUGAUGUUUUGUGGCCCGACUGGCGUGGGGAAGACUGCUCUGUGCAAGACUUUGGCAUCCUGCUUCUUCGGAUCUGAAGAUUCCAUGAUCCGCUUGGACAUGAGCGAGUUUAUGGAGAAGCACACGGUCUCGAAGCUCAUCGGCGCACCGCCUGGGUAUGUGGGCUAUGGCGAGGGUGGGACCCUCACCGAGUCAGUUCGCCGGAGGCCCUACUCUUUGGUCCUCUUUGACGAAGUGGAGAAGGCUCACCCAGACGUCUUCAACACAUUGCUGCAGCUCUUGGACGAUGGGCGCUUGACGGACUCCAAGGGCAGAGUUGUGUCCUUCAGCAACACGCUGGUUGUCAUGACAUCCAACAUUGGGAGCCGCAGCGUCCAGAAAGGUGCAGGUGGCGGUGUCGGCCUGGGCUUUGGCACGAUGGAGGACUCGGAAGAGCAGAGCUACCAGGUCAUCCGAGAGCUUGUUCACGAGGAAAUGAAGAGCUUCUUCCGCCCGGAGUUUCUCAAUCGUUUAGACGAGAUCUGUGUCUUCCGACCGCUCACAAAGGAAAACAUCCGCGCUAUUGCUGAGGUGGAGUUCAACAAGGUGGCAGCACGACUCCUCGAG